AUGCGUGUGGUGCUCGUUUCUGCUGGGGUGGCGGGUCUUCCUUUUUUGAUUAGUUCAUUGUGCGCAUAUUUUUGUGAUUUCGUGCGCCUGCCGCUGCGUGUAAUUUGUGCGGCUUUUGUGCCCGGAAGGGUUAUAAAUGGGACGGAGAGAGGAGCGGCACGGCGUUAUUUUGUUGACCGCACGCAGUAUUUUCCAUUCCACUUGCACCAUUUUACAUGCAACGACAUGCGUGGGAGCGUCGUGGUGGUGUGUGGGACGUCACUCCGCGCCGUCUCGCUCUUUCUUUCUUUCCUUUUUUUGUUCUGCUGCUUCAUUGGCCUUGUCGUACUCCUUUCAUUGGUGCUUUGUUGUUGCUCUGUUUUUCCCCUCCCUGCCGGUGUCUGCGUGCUUGCCCGUACCUGCGGUGGCACGGGGCCCACGGAUAAGAGCGCGAAAGGGACGAAACACGACCAACGAGCCUCCGUGAUGUUCUGCCCGGAUCCGUACGGCGCAAUGCGGCUGAUGCAGUACAACAUGCAGCGCCGGGUCGUUCAACAAAUGGUUGCCGAGACGCAGCGGCAGAUGAUGCAACAGGGAUGCACGGUCCCGAAUGAAAUGCCGCCGUCGCCGGAGGGCUUUGGGAACAUGGGCGGCCCAAACUCCGGAUGGGGCCCGUGCCGGCAACAGAGCGGCAGCCAUGAGCCGACGCCGGUGGGUUAUUUUGGCGGCUUCUCCCCGGCACCACAGUUCUUCCCCAACGAUCUUGAGAGUAUGCGUAUCCCGGAAGAGCGCUACGGAAACUGCUGA